GAGGAGGAGCGAAAUUCGUGGACGGCUGACCCCCACCACUUUACAGGUGGCCGCUGGAGAUAUAUUGUCCUCAAGCCCGGCCAGUCUGUCUUCUUCAUGCCGGGGACGAUUCACUGUGUGUUCCGGGUGCGCCAGCAUCAAACGCUGGCGCUUGGUGGCCACGUCCUUCAGUGGUCAGACAUCAGGCGCUGGAUGCAAGUCGUGCUUGCUCAGAUAAAGAACUCGGCCAUUACCAACGAAGACAUGAGGCGGAGCGCGCCGAAAUACGUCCUCGCUGUGGCGAAGCUCGUCAAAGCUAGA